UAACAUGUAAAUGUAAGUAGCAUGUAAAAUGUAUCGUUAGUAAAUCAGCGCUACAUCCAGAGGACGCGUCACGCGGCAGAAGAUGAAGUCACGUGACGCUCGAUCAGCUGACAUCUGUGACGCUGAGGAAGACGACUGACAGCAUGAUGAUAAAAUUGCUCGAAAAACUCCCAUCUGAACAAUGUGCUAAACUCAUACACAGGGUGGUGAAUGGGGUGUGCGGCCAGAGUGGUCCGAGGCGAACAGAAUACGGUGAACGGUGGAGUCUGACAGAAUGGGUGGAGUUAAUGAACGCUCUCUCCUCUUUUAUCCGCUUUGCUGUAGGAAAUGGUUGUUCAGAUCAAGAGGAGCUGCUGAGUGAUUUGGACACGUCACAUGCUGAGGCUGUUCUCCAGUGUGUCCGCUCCAGGUUCGCUGAGAUCAGACAUGCUUUGGUGGACAGAACCAAUGGCAUCUCAAGCAUACAGCUACAGGACUUCAACUGGCAGUUAAAGCUGGCAUUAUCCAGCGACAAGCUGUCAGCUUUAAACAAUCCUCUGCUAAAUCUCAGUCUGGACCUGAAGGAGAAUGGAAUUCAGAGAACGGUGAAUAUAGAAAUGAACAAAGAGGAGCUGCACACUCUCAUCAGUGCACUAGAGGCUGCUAAUAAGGUUGUGUUGCAGUUGAAAUGAAGAUACCAUCCAAAGAUUGUGCCAUCAUACUUUCAAAGAGAGGAUUUCUGAGGUCUGUAUUAUGAGACAAUGUCUGCAUGUGGGCAAACGGGAACCUGUCAGUGUCUCCUACCUGAGGUGUUCAUGAAGGAUUGAAUAUUAUUGUCCAUCAUUAUGGACUACAGUUGACUUGAAGUUGCCUAGGUAAUGGUGGUAGGGCUGUUUUGAGGCAGAGUAUUUUGCACAAUGAAAAUCUAAAUGCCUUCCAUAGAUCUUACUUUCAAUUCUCCAUGCAAUGCAUUUUGGUUUCACACCCCAAAAAGCUGCCUUUCUGACUAAAGUAACUAAAAGCAUUAAAUGACAACACCUGAGUUGUUCCUUUUUUGCCAAUGCAAGUCAACAUAAUGACUAAUAGGCAGAAAAAAGGCAGAAACCCCCAGACUUUUUCAUGCGGCAAUGUGACACAUGACUCGCUUGUAAUCCUGAUUAAUAGGUUAAAGCUUAGUUGUCCAUUCUGCACAUUUGGAAGUGGAUUAAAUCAAAUUUGUAGUACGAAUGGAAUUUUGUUUUCAUUCAGGGUUCCCACACCUUGGUUAACUUCAAAUUCAAGGACCUUUCAAGGACUUUCCAGGUCCAAUACCCUCCAAUUAAAGGACUUAAUGUGGGGACACAUUUCAAAGUCAAAGCAAGGUUACAUUGUGUUUCCUUGUAAGAUACUUUGUUACAGUUUUCAUGUCAAACCCCUAUGCAAAACAGUUUUUUUUGUUUUUUUUUUGCAUUUAUUUUUGGCCAUAUGACAGAGAUCUGAUAGUCUAUUGGUCGUAUUUCUGUUUUGCAUAAAACUGAAUAAUAUUCAGUACAUCAUAUACUGUAUUCUAAAAUGAUCUCAUAUUAACUUUUGCAUUAGGGUUGCCAACUUCAGAAAAUGAAAAUAAGGGACAACUGUGAUUCUUUAUAGGAAAAUAAAGGACAGACAAAGGGACGCUUAAAAUAUUUGUUCUGUACCACACAGAGUAUGUCAUUUUUGUGUCUACAGUUAAGUAUGUGUAUAAAAGGUUCUCAGAAAUAAUCACAUUUGUUUUGCUUAAUCUAUGUGCAACUAUUCUAAAAAAUAAAGUUCAGUGUCAUACAAAAAA